AUGGAGAAAAUCAUCUACGACUUCUACUUUGAUCUCUUCGACAGCCAUGUCCACUUACCUCCUCACCAUCUGAGGGAAGAUGGACAAGUCAUUCCAGAGGUUCUCCCGUCCAAAAUACGACAUGUUAUCAUGUCAGUAAGAAAUCGUACGGCACCCGGUCCCAAAAGAAUAAGACCAGAACACCUGAAGAGCCUUCCGCCAGUACUCAUCAACACCCUGGCGAGGCUCUUUACACGUUAUCUGUCGGAAUGCAAGGUUCCUAAACAGUGGAAGACCAGCAAGACCGUGUUGUUGUAUAAAAAGGGAGAUCCACAUGACAUCGGCAACUAUCGUCCAAUCUGCUUACUGUCCGUCAUCUACAAGCUCUUUACAAGAAUGAUCCUUAAUAGGAUUGAAAAAGUCUUGGAUGAAGGACAGCCAUGCGAGCAAGCAGGGUUUCGAAAAGGAUUCAGCACGAUUGACCACAUUCACACUGUUUCGAAACUCAUCGAGAUAUCACAGGAGUACAAGAUGCCGCUCUGUCUCACCUUCAUCGACUUGAAGAAGGCCUUCGACUCAGUUGAGACGGAAGCGGUCGUGGAAGCCUUGGACAACCAAGGCAUCCCUACUCAGUACAUAAUGGUACUUCGAGAGUUGUACAAUAACUUCACGACCGGAAUUUCGCCAUUCUACAAGAACAUCAUCAUUGACGUGAAGAGGGGGGUCUGA